CUAGUUCCCAAACAAGUCCACCACAAUGGAGGAUCACCUCGCCGGGGAGAACUUGAACUCAGAGGCUCAUGUCCUGUCUACGGCAUUCGCCAAGGCUAAUAAGCGCAGCUCCUCGAGCUCCGAUACCUCCUCGAGUGUUUCCUCUGGGGAGGGCUCUCCUCACGAUGUGCCCAAGCUCGAGGCCCACCUUUACUAUGCCGGUCUCUCUGGUCACAGUGGUCCCAAGCUGGUCUACAGGACGUCCUGCGACAAAUUCGUCCCUCCCGAUGGGCCUGAGGCCUAUCGUCGUCUGAUGAGGCUUCGUACCGUUCCCGAAAAUCACAAACUCGGCAAGGAUGGUUUGUGGGAUCGCAUUCGUGCCGAGAGAGGCAUUCAACUCUCGUCCGUCGACCUUGUCCGUUUCACCUGGGUUGAGAAGAACGACGACCAGGAGGACCAAGAAGACGACGACGAUGACGAGGAGGGCCAGGAGGGCCAGGACGACGUUACUAACUACGACGACAUCGCACCCAUUACGCCCGUCGUGGAUGGGACAGUCUAUACCACUCCCGUUACGAUAUGGGUCGGCGUGAUGCCGGAAACUACGACUGGCGAACAUGCCUACAAUCCUUCUAGGGAUAUCCUCAAUUUACUUCAACAGUACAACAUUACCGACGUCGAUGUCGCAUACCGCGAGUCGGAGGUCAAGUUCUCGGGUAGUCCAGAGCUCUUCGCCCCAGUCUCUGACCUCGAUCCUGUCAAGGACGUCAUUGAUAGCUUGUCGACUCCACUUAGUCUGCCUAUUGCCGGCUCGAAGACGAAGAUGCAGGGCACUCUUGGGUUUUACUUUAGGAUCGAGGAAGACCUUUACGCCGUCACCGCCCGCCACGUUCUUUUCAGGGCCAACGAGGCCAACGUCGAAUGCAACUACGUCGCCGGGCCGAAGAAGAAAGUCAUCGUGAUGGGACGCAACACAUUCACCAACCACCUCGCUUUCCUGCAGAGCACCAUCGGCCCUCUUCUCGAUACGGCCGAGUACCUGAAGACGCGCAUCACGUCGUUAACGGCUGCGGUGGACGGCGGAGGCUCCCGUGCUGAACAGUCGAGGCUCGAGCUACCGGAGACACAGGAACAGCUGGUCAAGACACGAACCAAGAUCGACGCGCUCAAGGCACACUUCGUGACAGUGAAGAAGACAUGGAGCAAGGCGAAGGACCGCGUUAUCGGACACGUCGUCUGGGCCCCUCCCAUCAGCGUCGCUACGCCUCCAUAUUAUUACACGCAGGACGUCUGCGUCAUCAAGCUCGAGAAGGACAAGUUCCGUCACUUCAGGAGGAACGUGCUUAGCUUAGGCCCGGAGAUCUCCCCCGCCAACUUCAAGAAGUUGAUGUGCGAACCCUUCGACGCGCCAAACGAAUUCGUCUAUCCGCCUGAAGGUCUCUUCGAAUUGCGGGGCAUCCUUACCGAAGAAGAGAUACACACGCCCAACAACAAGCCUCUGCAAGGAGCUCCCUUCCGCCUCGGUAAUUUAUCCGGGUUUUUGUCCCACGUUCGCCGGUACUUCAUCGCAGGCAGUAUCGACUCGAUUGAAGUGGCGAUCCACCCCCACAACGACUCUGGUCCGUUCUCCAGGGGCGGUGAUAGUGGAUCUGUCAUCGUCGACGCCCGCGGAAGAUUUGUUGCUCUGCUCACCGGUGGAACGGGCAAGACCGGCGCGUCGGACAUUACCUUCGGUACGCCCAUGCAUUGGCUCUGGCCCUUCAUCCUGGCCAAGUUCGACGGUGCCAAUCUACUGGGACGACGACGACAACCGCCCCAACUCGCUUGCCUCUCCCCUCGUAUAAAUCUCACUCAGAUUAUGCCAAACGGACAUCAUAGUUGA